GAAAUGUAGUACAAAAAGAAGUUCUAACACAGAAACAAAAUGCUUAAAUUUAUAGAGAUGAUACUUGUGGUUAUUAUCUUAUCAAAAUCACUUCAAACCUCACUGGCGCAAAAACAGACAUUCAUCGUUCACAUGGCGGGAUCGGAAAUGCCCCCGGAAUUCCUCCAUCAAGCUCACUGGUAUGACUCCGCUCUCAAAUCGGCGUCUGAAUCAGCCGAGAUGAUCUAUGUCUACAAAACGGCGGCGCACGGAUUCUCCGCCAAGCUCACACAGCAAGAAGCUCUGUUUCUUAAAACUCUGCCCGGCGUCGUCUCUGUUCAGCCGGAGAGAAAGUGCCAGCUCCACACCACCAGAACGCCGUCGUUUCUGGGACUGGUUGAUUACUUCUUACCCGGCUCUGCAGCUGAAAGUGACGUUAUCAUCGGAGUAGUCGACACCGGAGUCUGGCCGGAGAUGAAGAGCUUCGACGACCGAGGGCUUGGUCCGAUCCCAACCACGUGGAAAGGCACGUGCGAGACUGGAACCAAUUUCACCGCAUCGAAUUGCAACAGGAAACUUAUAGGGGCGAGGUACUUUUCGAAGGGGUACGAGGCAAGUCAGGGGCCGGUCAACGAGACUCUGGAGAGCAAAUCUCCCCGGGACGAUGACGGCCAUGGGACCCACACAGCCUCCACCGCCGGAGGUGUUUUAGCAAUUUUAGUGCUAAUUCAAACAAUCAAUUAAAUAAAAGGUAGGUAAUGGGCUACGUACAAGAAUCAAGAUGGAAAGUAAAAUAGGAAUAAAACUAAUAUUUUAAUCAAGAACUAAUUUGAGGAUUUGUGAUGGAAAUUUAUAAGAAUGAUGAAUAUGAA